UCAAGAUUAUUGAUCGACUAUUUAAUUCAAUUGGAUAUUGUUAUAAUUGCAUUCUUAAUAGGAUGGUUACAAAUGAUGAAAUAGAUAAAAACAUCAACUAUCAUAAAUCUCGAUUGAUCCCUAUUAACCCAAUCCAUGUGUCUCCGUAUCCCUAUCGAAACAUCGAAAAUUCUACCCCAGCCGGCCAGCCAGCCAGCUACGUGUACACGAUUACCCCCUUACCCCCCCGGAGAGCUUGGGCCAUAUUUUACUUACCCCUUACUAUAUGUAGUGUCUGUUACAUACCCCGGCGUGUUACACGUGUAGCUGCGUAUCUGGUGCCUUAUGAUGCCUUGUCUCCAGCCGUUCAUCACCGUCUUAUGAUUUUCGAAUAUACAAGUCGAUACCAUUUUUGUUCUUUCUCUUCUUCCAAAGUUCUAUAUCACCCCAGCCAGUACCUAUCAUUUCUUCCAAUAUUGCUAGCAUUAUACACGCAAAAGUGCCUCAGGUAUUAUGCAGCCGGUUCAGGUUAGGGACCUCCCCUCUUCGGCCUCCUUUUAUGCCGCUAUCGUCCAACCACUCAAACUCCGUUAUAUCUCCGCCAAUGCCUCGUCCAUAGUCUUCGGUGACAGUACAUCCGGCACCCCGGUCCUAGAAGUUAAGAGGCUUGCUCCCGGCCAACAUCUAAGACCAUCUCGCGUAAUCCUUUCCGCCCAAUCACCCUCGGUUGUAUCUGCUUUUCGAACCGCUGCCUUACGAGCGGAACCCGAUAUACAAAUAGACACAUUCGACGAGGGCCGCGUAGAGGUCACCGACUUUGACGGAAACAAGAUAGAGGCCGUCUGCCCCGCUGGAUAUCGUUCCAGCUUUGCACGUGCGAAUUCUAGCGCUACCAUUUCUUCACGAGAACCUCGGUCCAUGAUGAAGCGAAGUGCCACUACUUCCGCCGUGGAACCCCCGCCGCGUGAGACAUCCGGGGGGUUCGGCGCUGGCACCAGCAUGGGCACGGUCCUCGGGGCCGCAGCCGUUGGUGUUGCCGUAGGUAGCGCUUUGACCUAUGCCUUUAUGAGUAACGGCGGCCGUCAGCGUGCUACCCCGCGUCAAGAAUACGAAGCCGCAUUACAACGGCGCGCAUCCUAUCCAGACCCGCAGCCGAAUGUUCAACCUAGGUAUAUCGAGGAUAAGAAGUACCCACCGCUUAGCUACGGAGCACGGUAUGCCCAGAUUGAGGCUCCUGCAAGGAGUAGGGUAGUAGAAGACCUCGACGACCGCGCGAGCCGACACUCGAGCCACUAUACCACGGCCAGCCGAUCUCGUCGCCUCAGCGAGGCUGGCUCCGCAAGGCGGCCGCCCGACGUAGAAUAUAUAAGCAAUGCCGGCACCAAGUACGAGCAAAAGCUCCUAAUGGACAGGGAGUACCGCAGCCAGGUGGGCGAGGACGACCGUCGCAGUUACGCGCCGUCCAAGUACUCAGCGGCCCCGUCGAGGCACACCGCAACACCAUCCAAAUAUGCCGCCGAGUCCGAAUACCGCGGUCGCAGCAGCUCCAAGCACAGAGCUCCCCGGCCGACUGAAGCAACCGAGACGUACGUCUCAACGCGUAGCAAGCGACCCGUCAGCAUGGCACGCCCUCCCACACGGUCGCACAGCCGGGUUUCGGCGCGGGAUCUCGAUCUGCCCGAGAGCCGCACCGGCUGGGAUGACGACGACGACGACGUGGAGAGCAUCGCGCCCGACGACAGCAUCAGCUGCGUCGGCGACGAAGGGUACACUAAGCGCAGGCACCACCACGCGCCGCACGGGACUCCGUCGAUGGUCGGCCGCUUUCGCAGAGUUGUUAACGAGUUUGACGGCAAACGCAGGCCGUUGUACGGAUCCGAGGUUAAAUAAAUAACCUAGAUCGGUAACCCGCAUGCUUGUCCCUCUCCCGAAGCAGGGAUCACCUUGCUAUAUACUUGAAUCCUUAUUUUUCCAUUUAUCUCUACAUACACACAUACAUAGGUACAUACCUACACCUAUCUCACGACACUCCAUACGACAGAAACUAAAACGAACGACACGACAAUCGGAAAUGAUAACGAUAUGAAAAUAUGAUGCCUCAAGGACACACACACACACACACAUCUGCAUACAAGCAUGGGCUUUUUUGAAAUUAUUCUACUGGGUACAUGUAGGACAGCAUAGGUAUGACAUACCUAGGUAGGUACGACAGCAUAUGUUUAACGGCACAACAUUGGGCGGGCUUUUUUCCCUCUUUCUUUUUUCCUUGAUGAUGAAAAUGAGCGAGAGAGCGAGUAAGCAAGCAGGCAAGCAAGCGAUACGGAUGGGCGGUCUUUUUUCAAAAAUAAUGAUUGAAUGGUUGCAUGAAUCGGUCAUCUAGGUAUAUAUAUGUUUCUCUUUUUGGUCCGGUCUCGGGUCUCGUCUGGGUGUCUUCCACUUCUUAUAGCAUAUUUUAGCAAAUCAUAAAAAACACCAUUCCUCUUCUCGGUAUGGAUACAUAGAAUUUCGGUAUUUUAAAAUCAGUGUUCAGUUGCUGUGAUGUUUUUAGUUUCAUUUGAAUAGACAGGGGAUCCUCGAG